AAAUUAAGGUAUUAAAAAAAGGAAAGCAAAGCAAGGAGAAAAGUUUCAUUUUUGGUUCAACCAGAGUGAAUUAAUAGCGAACUCUAGGGGGUGCUAAAAGCAAGCAAAACUGCACUUUCUGGGAUUCACAAUAGAGCAAAUUAGCUUCGUGUGCUGCAUCUUGGAGACCGAUGUGAAACAGUUAAAACCUUUUUAACAAUGGGCUUUACAUUUUUAUUUAAAAAAGGUGGCAGAGAUUAUUUAACCAAACAGAGCAAAGCUUGCUUUCACACAAUGUUACAUUCAUGUUUUUCUUUAAAAAUCUAUUUUUCUUGUCUCUUCUCACCAAGUCCAACUGGCAGGGACAAGAAAGGAGUCUCAUGAUGGCCAAAAAGCCAAAUUGAUGUAAAACGCAUGAAAAUUAUUGACUUCGGAGAAUGUUCAUUUAUUUCCGUUCAGCCGUGCUCAGAGAAAAUAGAACGUGAACAAUAAAGCAGGACCAGAUGUUAGUGAGACAUGAGGAAAAAAUAAAAGAAGCAGUGAAAGUGAACAUCUCUGGCAAUUAAAGGGACAUCAGAUGUGAUGCAGAGGGAUUGUAUACGUGGAGCACAUCGGUUUAACUAUCUGCAAGGCUUUAAAUGUUCGCGUCAUCUGUAACGAAACACACUUUCCAUCAUCUGAUCUAUAGCUUCUAACUCUGCCAGACGCCCUCCUGCAGCAGCACCAGAGCAAACACAUGCAUGUUGGAGAAACAUUACAAAAACAUUGGAUUACUUCAUCCAAUCAGCUUUGAUGUGCAGAAUCUGUACAGUAAGGCCUUAAAAGUUCCUCAGCACAAGAAAACCACAACCCAGACUUUAAAGUUCUGGUGAUUGGGAGACAAAUGGAGAGAGAAAGAGAGAGGGAGCAGCAGAAUGGAAAUAAGAAAAAAAUAUGUUGGCCUGAGAGUGUGCGGAAGUCUGUGCGUGUGUGAGUUGUGUGUGUGUGUGUGUGUGUGUGUGGCAGCUGGUUCAGGUCAGCUGACAGCCAUUGCUGAGUGUGAUUUGUUGGACGAGCUUGUCUGGGCUGAACCACACACAGCUGCAAUCAGUGUGUGUGUGUGUGUGUUAGAGGACAAAAAUGAGAGCAAGAAAAAAAGGAAGGGGGAGAGACAUGUAGGGCUGCCAGUGUGUCAGCUCAGCAACAGCAACAUUCGGGGCUGGCGUCUGGAGCCGAGCAGUUCAGGAAGACCCAGUUAAGCCUUGGAGGGAAGUGGCGGGUCGAAUGGAGCGUUGGGUGCUGCACCUGGAUUGAAGGUCCCCUCUGGCUGGACCAGGGGCUGAGCUGGAGUCAGCUCUGACAGACAAGAAGGUGACGCUCAGGUGAAGCCCGUGCUGCUGGACGGGACCAGGCCGGACUUGGAGACCACCACGGUGAAGUAUGGGUUGCUCGGCCAGCGUUGUCCUGCUCCUGCGCUCGGUGGGUGGGGCCGACAUAUGCUCACGUCAGGACCAGAUGUCGGUGGAAGGUGCAACACCUACGUUAGAGGGUUACACAUCCACCAGCUCACCUCUGACCAUCAUCAUAAUGCAGGAGAAGCCGAAGUUGAUCGAUCCUCUCGACUAUGAGGCCGUCAUCUCUGAGCUGUUGGAUGAGCUGAAGGAAGAUCCUCUCAGAGAUCUCCUCCUCUUUCCUGACAAUGAUUUCACUGUAUCCAUGGUGCCUCAGGAGAGACGGACGCUCAAGUCUACUGUUCCUGAGGGGGCGGAGCUUCAAACUGAGUGUCUGCUGGUCAGACAGGCCUCCAAAUAUUACAACUCUGAGCUAAACGUGGUCCAGUUCAAGUACGAUGACUAUGCUGGAGACUAUCGCCAACUGCCCAGGAAAAUGUACAAAGCAGAGAAGCUGCCAUCUCAUUCCUUUGAGAUCGACUAUGAAGAUGUAGAUAAAGACGAGGAUACCACCUCUCUGUCCUCGUCCAAAGGGGGAGGUGGUGGCGGAGGAGGGGGUGGAGGGGGAGGAGGAGGGGGAGGGAUUGGUGUGUUUCGCUCAGGCUGGCUGUACAAAGGCAACUUCAACAGUACUGUUAACAACAGCAUCACUGUGCGGUCUUUCAAGAGGAGAUACUUUCAGCUCACUCAGCUGACGGAUAACUCCUACAUCAUGAACUUCUACAAGGAUGAAAAGAUCUCCAAGGAGCCCAAAGGUUGCAUCUUUCUCGACUCGUGCACGGGUGUUGUGCAGAACAAUCGCCUGAGGAAGCACGCCUUUGAGCUGAAGAUGAAUGAGGUUACGUACUUCGUGCUGGCCGCGGAGAGUGAGCAGGACAUGGAGGAGUGGAUCAGCACUUUGACCCGUAUCUUACAGAUCAGUCCGCACGACGGUCCGGCUCCAGACCGCAAGAGUCUGGACCUCAAUGAGCAUCGGCAGGAUGUGUUUGACCUGUCGCUGAGUGAGGGUUGUUUGCCGGAAAAUGAAGAAAUUACAGAAAACGGCAUCCAUCCAGAGCUGGCAAAGUACAUCUCCGAGACAGACGAGAGAAUUCGCUCUGCUAGAAGAGAAGAGCGGUUGAAUCUGUUUUCUCUGGACCCAGACACUCCCGUUUUGAGAAGCCCGCGGACAGAACACUCGUUAUCUGACAGCUCAACAGUGCACCCGUUUGAAGAGAAGCUCGGCAGAAGGUUCAUGAUCACAUGCAAGUCUCUCAAUCUCAUGCUGCAGGCUUGUGUCAAUGAGAGUGAAACAGAACCCGUCACGAAUAUCGAACCCUUCUUUGUGUCGCUGGCUCUGCUGGAUAUUCGAGAAGGCAGAAAAGUUUCUGCAGACUUCCACGUAGACCUUAACCACGAAGCCGUGCGUCAAAUGCUCGGAGGCUGUGGCAGGGUAACGGGCCUAGGUACGGGGGUCGGAGCUCAAGAGAACGGCUUGUGCUCUCCUGCUGAGAAGAAGGCAGGUGAUUGUCACCUGAGUGUGGACUUGGAGCAGUGGCUUUGCUUCCCCAAACAGGCCAUUUUCUCAGUGACCAACCCCCAUACUGAUAUAGUCAUGGUGGCAAAGGUGGAAAAGGUGCUGAUGGGAAAUAUUGCAUUCGGCACUGAACCUUAUAUCAAGAAUACAGACUCCAGCAAGACUGUGCUGAAGACUUUAAAGUCCAACAAGCAGUUUUGCUGCAAACUUGGAAAGUACCGUAUGCCCUUUGCAUGGUCUGUCAGACCGGUGUUUAAAGACAACCACGGAGCGCUGGACCGGGAGUCUCGUUUCUCACCUCUUUAUAAACAGGAAAGCAACAAGAUCUCCACAGAUGAUCUGAUUAAGCUGGUUUCUGAGUACAGGAGGGCUGAGAAGAACAGCAAACUGCAGACUAUACCAGGAACAUUAGACAUUGCAAUAGACUAUGUUCCAUUGGAGCAUCCCAACUGUGUGACUUCCUCAUAUGUGCCAGUGAAGCCUUUUGAAGAGCUGAGUGAACACCAGCCCACCGUGGAGGUGGAAGAGUUUGUCCAGGACACCACUAGGUUCACCCAACCGCAUCGCGUCUAUAGAAACCACAUCUACGUUUACCCCAAGCACCUCAAGUACGACAGUCAGAAGAGCUUUGCAAAGGCUCGUAACAUUGCAGUCUAUGUAGAAUUCCGCAGCUCAGAUGAAGAAGUUGCCAAGCCCUUAAAGUGUAUCUAUGGCAAGCCAGGAGGACCAGUUUUCACAACAACAGCCUCCUCCACUGUCUUGCAUCACUCUCAGAACCCUGACUUCUAUGAUGAGGUGAAGGUUGAGCUUCCCAUCCAGCUUCACGAAAAGCACCACCUUCUUUUCUCCUUCUACCAUGUCACGUGUGACAUUAAUGCUAAGACAAAUGCUAAGAGGAAAGAGACCCUAGAGACUCCAGUGGGCUAUUCUUGGCUGCCUAUACUGAAAGAAGGCCGGGUGUCAUCUCAGGAGUUCAACAUUCCAGUAUCCUGCAACCUGCCACCUGGAUACCUGGCCAUUAAGGAAGCCAGCAGUACUAAGAAUGGAGCCGAUGUGAAAUGGGUCGAUGGAGGAAAAGCAAUCUUCAAACUCUCCACCAACGUCGUCUCAACAGUUUACACUCAGGACCCCCACCUGAACCGAUUCUUCCAGCAGUGCCAGAAGAGAGAGCUGGACCUCUCUCAGCCUCCUACCUCCAACUUCCUCAACUGCCUGAAGGGUCUUCUCAGCAUGGAGAGAAUCCCAGCGAUAGUCCGCUUCCUGCCUGUGCUUUUCAACCAGCUGUUCAAGGUUCUGACUCAGAAUGACAAUGAUGAAGUCACUACUGCCACCACCAGAGUGCUGGUUCAUAUUGUCAGCAAGUGCCAUGAUGAAAAUCUUGAUCACCAUCUUCACUCUUAUAUCAAGUUUGUUUUCAAGUCGGAGGCUCAUGGCUUCAGGACCGUUCACGAAGAGCUGGCUAAAGGAAUGACCUUUGACCUGAAGAGCAACGAGCAAGCAGCAGUAAGGAAUGUUCUCAAGUUCUCCUGGUUCUUCUUUGAGCUCAUUGUUAAAUCCAUGGCCCAGCAUUUAGUUGACUCUGACAAGGUAAAGCUGCCGAGGCCUCAGCGUUUUCCCUCCUCCUACCUGAGCCGGGUGGAGACGUUGGUGGAGACGGUCUCUGAGCACAUCUUCUGGAAAUACAAAGACCUGCAGGAGGAAACGCGCAGCGCCAACUUGGCUGUGGCUGCUUUUGUCAAGCGCUGUUUUACUCUGAUGGACAGAGGCUUCACAUUCAAACUGAUCAGUAACUACAUUAACAUGAUCACUGCUACAGACAGCAAGGUCCUCUGUGAGCUGAAAUUUGACUUCCUGAGAGAGGUGUGCAACCAUGAGCACUACAUCCCUCUGAGCCUGCCUUUACCUUCUGCUCUCAUCACAGACCAUGCAUCUUCUGAGCCACACACCACCCCUGCCUCAGUUCCCGAGUACAACCUGACGGGAGAGUUCUGCAGAAAGCACUUUCUGACAGGCCUGUUGCUACGGGAACUGGGACUGGCUCUUCAGGACGAGCAGGACCUGAGACACCUCGCCUUGGCCACCUUAAAGACGCUAAUGGCCAAACACUCUCUGGAUGCACGUUACGCCACCAAGGAGAAGCAGGCGAGAAUCGCGUCCCUCUACCUGCCUCUGUAUGGACUGAUCCUGGACAACAUGCCUCGGUUCUUCCUCAGGGACCUUUUCCCCAUUUACUUCACUUCUAGUGACCAAGGCUCUCGAGAUGAUGUCAGCGUGGGAGGGGGAGGGGCUGUUACUCGCCAUGGAAACUCCAUGGAUGCCUCAUUUUCCAAAGAAGUGCUGAAUUCCAUCACAGCCUUCUCAUCCCUGGCGGUUGCUACGAGUAACCAGGCCGACUCUCGAGGUUCUUUGAUCAGCGUGGACUCAAACCCAAGCAACAGCGACAGGAACAGUGAGAAGAUGGAUGGAUGUGAGAAGUUUGCACGACCCCAGUCUCUGAUUGGUUACGGUUCCCGCUGUGACAAACUGGACCAGGCAGAGACCCGCGGUCUCCUCAUGUGCUUUUUGCACAUCAUGAAAACCAUAUCUGAAGAUGUUCUGGUAUCCUACUGGCACCGGGCCAUUCACCAGGAGAUCUCAGACUUCUUUAACAUCCUGGAGCUUUGUCUUCAGCACUUCAGGUUUCUUGGAAAACGUCACAUAGCGAGGAAGCUAGCAGCGGCACUAAAGCUGGCCCAGUCAACCCAGGCCAAUGGCACCCUGAAGGUCUCUAACAACCCCUCCCAGUCCUCUCAACCCUCAAGCCUCUUCUCACAAUGGAUGGCCUCAGGAGGUGAAGGUCAUCGACACGCUCGCUCCCAAACCAUGCCCAUCAUCAGGGGCAAGAACGCCCUCAUGAACCCGAAGCUGCUGCAGAUGAUGGAAACAGAUGGGAGCAUUCAGGAUGGGGACACACUGAGUCCCACAGAUAUCGAAGCCAACUUGUCCACGGAGGUGGCGCUCACUGUGCUGGAUGUACUGGAACUCUUUGUUCACCAUCAUAAGAAGCAGCUGCUGCAGGAUGAGGGGCAGAACACACUGAUGAAGAAGGUGCUGGACACCUACUUGCUCUUCUUUCAGAUCAACCAGUCAACUGCUACUCUGCGACAUGUCUUCGCAGCACUCAGGCUCUUUGUACAAAAGUUUCCCAGUGCAUUUUUCCAGGGAAAGGCAGACCUGUGUGGCUGUCUGUGCUAUGAAAUCCUCAAAUGCUGUAAUCAUCGAUCCAGCUCCACUCAGACAGAGGCAGCUGCCCUGCUGUACUUUUUCAUGAGGCAAAACUUUGACUUUACAAAGGGCAAAUCGAUCGUACGCUCACAUCUGCAGGUAAUCAAAGCUGUGAGUCAGUUGAUUGCUGAUGCUGGAAUUGGGGGGUCAAGGUUUCAACAGUCUUUGGCCAUCAUCAAUAACUUUGCUAAUGGAGAUGCACCACUCAAGAACACUCCAUUUCCAGCAGAGGUGAAGGACCUAACCAAGCGGAUCCGGACGGUUCUGAUGGCCACGGCUCAGAUGAAGGAACAUGAGAAAGAUCCAGAGAUGUUGGUGGAUCUGCAGUAUAGCCUGGCCAACUCCUACGCUAGCACUCCCGAGCUGCGACGCACCUGGUUAGAAAGCAUGGCCAAAGUUCACGUCCGCAACGGCGAUUUGUCCGAGGCUGCCAUGUGCUACAUCCACAUCUCAGCUCUGAUCGCUGAAUCGCUGAAGAGGAGAGGCUACUGGAGAGCCGACAAGGCCGGGAUGUCCAAUGUGUCCCCCGACGAAAGCCCUGUCUUUAACUGUAGCUCCUUACUAACUUCCUCCCGAGAUCAAGACACAUCUUUCUCCAUGGGCUGGGCAGCGUUUAUGUGCAUCAGUCCUAAUGUUAAAGAGGAGGGAGCCAUGAAGGAAGACACCGGUACCCAGGACACACCCUACACAGAGGACACCCUGGUGGAGCAGCUGGAGCUGUGUGUAGACUACCUGUGGAAAUCCGAGAGGCACGAGCUCAUUGCAGACAUCAACAAACCUGUGAUAGCUGUCUUUGAGAAGAGGAGGGAUUUUAAGAGGCUUUCUGAGCUCUACUAUGACAUACAUCGCUCCUACCUGAAGGUGACGGAGGUCGUGAACUCAGAGAAGCGUCUGUUCGGUCGCUACUACCGUGUGGCUUUCUAUGGACAGGGCUUCUUUGAGGAGGAAGAGAGCAAAGAGUUUAUCUACAAAGAGCCAAAGCUGACAGGCUUGUCAGAAAUCUCCCAGAGAUUACUCAAACUCUACUCGGACAAAUUUGGAGCUGACAAUGUCAAGAUGAUCCAGGACUCCAACAAGGUAAAUCCAAAGGAUCUGGACCCAAAGUUUGCCUACAUCCAGGUGACCUACGUAGUUCCUUACUUUGAUGAGAAAGAACAGCAAGAAAAAAGAACAGAUUUUGAGAGACAUCACAACAUCAACCGCUUUGUGUUUGAGACGCCCUUCACGCUGUCGGGAAAGAAACAUGGUGACGUAGAGGAGCAGUGCAAAAGGCGCACCAUACUGACCACGGCUUCCAGCUUUCCCUAUCUGAAAAAGCGAAUCCAGGUGGUGGAGCAGCAAAGCACAGAAAUGAAUCCGAUCGAAGUCGCCAUCGAUGAAAUGUCACGUAAAGUCUCUGAGCUCAACCAGCUCUGCAACAUGGAGGAGGUGGACAUGAUUCGGCUGCAGCUCAAACUGCAGGGGAGCGUUAGCGUCAAGGUAAAUGCAGGACCGAUGGCUUAUGCUAGAGCGUUCCUGGAGGAGAAGAAUGCAAAGAAGUAUCCAGACAACCAGGUCAAACUACUUAAGGAGAUCUUCAGGCAGUUUGCAGAAGCCUGCGGUCAGGCUUUGGAUGUGAAUGCUCGUCUCAUUAAGGAGGACCAGCUGGAGUACCAGGAGGAGAUGAAAGCUCAUUAUCAAGACAUGCUCACGGAGCUUUCUGGCAUCAUGAACGAACAGCUUGACACAUAUAUUCAUGCCUCCAGGUAACAGCUCUGCCUGCUCUUUCUAACGCUGAUUCCUCACACAAGACAACCAGGAUCAGAGCGACACAGCGCCUACUGAACAGACUAGAGACACGCCAGAAAUCCUUUGUGCCAGUUAGUGCUAAAAGUGGCUCAUUUGUUUGUUUUUGAUUGUAUUCGUUUUGUUCUGCUGCACAGAGUGGUGGACUAGUGGAACUUUGACUGGCUUGUGUAGCGAAAAGAAGAGAAAGUGUGUAGACUGUGGUUGUGGUAAUUUGUUGUCCUGUGGUUGAAUUUAGACUGUCUACAAAAGAGGCUACUGGACUGUUAGCUACUGUUUGCUUUGGUUUUAGAGACUCCAACCAUUUGGUAAGGAUUCCCCCACUAGUGACACAAACCUGCAACAUGCGCCUUCUCUCCAGAACCCUCCCUCGCCCAUGGUGUCCCACAAGGUUCUGUGCUGGGACCUCUACUGUUUACAGAACCAUGACCUUACUGAGGUGGAGGUGCGUUCAGUUGUACAUGCAAGAUGUAGCUUUCUGGUGCAUUUUUAUGACACUUUUUUCACUUUUUUCCCCCUUCGGCUUAUCAGAGUACUUUAAACUGUCCGAAGAGGUCUUGCAAAGGUGGCUAAUGGGACACAAAAAAUGGAUUAAAAUACAGGUUUUAAGGGUCAGAUGAAUUGAAUGCACCUCCAGUUCUUCGAAUGUAGAGCAGCUCCUUGUGCUACUUUGUAUCCUUGAUAACAUUCUGGAAACAAAAAGAAAAUCACUUUUGCCAAUUUUAAAACAAAAUGUUAUGUUUUGUAACAUUUUUAUAACUGAAACUUGCAUUGUUACGGUUAUUAUUUACUGUUUUAAAUUGUACAUAAGAAAUAUAAAUAUUUAAAACAAAUGUUUGAAGUGUUUCUUUUAUAAAAUACAAAAUAUAUGAAUAUUUGUUUAGUUGAUAAAAAAGAAAACAAAAACUAAAGUUUCUGUAUUGCAUUUAAAUAAAAAUUUGUUAAUGUUCAA